CUCACCACUCGCUCACGCACCACACUCACUGCCCGCCUGCGGGGCUUCAACUCUCGGCGACGUCGCGACGCAGCACCGCCGCUGCACCGCACCGACUCGGCCAGGCGACUGCCGCACCGCACCGCCCACGCCGCACCGCCGCCGCCGCACGCACCGCACUGGCCUCCUUUUCCCGCCAGGCGCCAUGGCGCUCCUCGUCGUGCUGCUACUUGCGUUCAUGGCGGCGCUGGCAACGGCGCGGCCUGCACAGCGCACUUCCCACCCCGUGCAUCUCCGCCUCGGAGCGCGCUCCGGCGGGCAGUACCACCCCGACCCCGUUACACGGCGCCACUGGACUCGCGAGCGGGCACUAGGAGCUGACGAGCGCACGCCGCAGCGCCGAAGCACAACAAGCGGUUCAACAAGCCUCGACUCGUACAACCACGACGCCGUGUACACCGUCCCCGUCGAGAUUGGCACCCCGCCGCAGCUGUUCAACCUCGUCCUCGACACUGGCUCGAGAACGACGUGGGUCGGCGGUAAGGCAUGCUCCUCGUGCGGCACCGGCCUGUUCGACACGGACCGCUCGCGCUCGUUCAAGAAGACCAAGGUUUCCUUCUCGGUCGCAUAUGUUGACGGAACGAAUGCCACGGGCGUGUACGGGCGCGACACGGUCACUGUUGCGGGGCACGCUGUUGACCAGCAGGCGUUUGGCCUCGCGUCCAACAUCUCGGCCACGCUCUCGACCCAGCUCAACGGCACCGAUACGGACGGGCUCAUGGGCUUUGCGUGGCCCGACGCCGGGGCGGACGCCAACGGCCGGCCAUUCUGGUUCAACUCGCUCCCCGAAUGGCCAGAACCGCUGUUCUCCGUCUUCCUCACACGCUCGAGCUUCAGCCAGGUGGUCGACAACUCGAACUCGUCCAACGAAUACGACUGCCAUAAUGCCAACGCCGGGAUGGUGACGCUCGGCGGCGUCAACGCCCAGCUGUACACGGGCGAUAUCAACUAUGUCCCGUUGCAGAAGGCGGCCGGCGCGACGUCGUACAAGUUCUGGAGCUUGUCGCUCGAUGGCGUCGUGGCGAACGGGGUCGCGAUCAAUGUGUCGUCGCUAGGUGCCGACGGCGACCCCCCGCCGCUCGCAACCCUCGAUACCGGCACGAGCUUGAUCACUGGCCCGGCCGACGCCGUGGCAGAGAUCUACCGCCAGAUCCCUAACGCGACCUUUGACGCCGGCCUCGGCACCUACGUCUUUCCAUGCGACUCGAACUUGACGCUGUCUUUCGGGCUGGGCGGGAAGAGCUACAAUGUCAGCCCCGCCGACCUGGUGUACAGCAUCCAGCUCGAAGACGCGAGCACCGUGUCGGACCUAAUGUGUACGGGGGCGAUUGGCGUCUGCAACGACAACAAGUGGACUCUCGGCGCGACCUUCCUCAAGAACGUCUACUCGGUGUACCGCUUCGACCCACCUGCAGUCGGGCUCGCCUCGCUGGCACCAGGGCUCGACAACGACGACUACACGUACACGGAUGACGAGCUGUCCGACGCGCUCAACGAAGCCGCGCAGCACGCGGCCGUGUGUCCCCACUCUGCGCGGGGCAACAAGCAGAGCAGCGCACGACGACGCGCCCUUCUCCUCCCUCGCAUGCCCCUCAUCCUCGCCAUCCUCGGCGCUCUCACAACCACCAUCACCUCAUCAUGUCUCCUCUAACCGACCAGCAGUACAUUUCCUUUCCUUUGGGCUUUCAGUGUGUAUAAUAGUCACGUGUAAUGUCAACAUCACGACGACGAAACCCUGCAGGCAACGUGGCUGAGACUCGAGGGUCAGAGGAC